AGCAGGCAGGCGUUGAGGCAAGUCAGAGUAGGAGUGAAGGAGCACCAGAAAGGAGAGUGGAGGGGAAGAGAGAGAGAGGGGGUGCGUGCAUGUGAGGCUACAAAGGGAAAGAGGACGGAAAGGCAGAGAACUGGAGGAAAGCGACACUGUGGGAGCAGCAGAGCGCUGGAUAAUGGAGGUGCAGGCGGAGUGUGUGGAGCCUCCUGCGGCUCCACAGUGUGACCCCCAGCCAACAGGGAGAAUCAACAAAGCUGCCUUCAAACUGUUCGGAAAGCGACGCACAGGCUCCGGAAUGACCAGCUUCUUCUCAUUCCGGAACAAAGGGACUACAAACAUGGGAAGCAACGGGAAUUCUGACAAUGGGAAUUCUUUAAACGGAAGCAGCUCAGCGGCAUCAGUGGAGCUUGUGAGGAGCAAGACCCACGAUGGACUAACGAGCUCUAACAACGAUGCUGCUGGACAGAGAGGGGAUGGGCCUGCUGCCCUGGAGGCAGGUCCAGUAAGGUCGCUCAGCAAAUCCCUGAGUUUCUUCUCUUUUCUCCGACGUGGGAGUUUUAGGACAAGUGAAAACGGGGGUGCUGGUAUCGUGAGACGAGGGAGGGGCCUGAAGGGCUUUUUCAGCAGCAUGCGAUGGAGACGUAGAGAAAAAACAAACGAGGGAGACAGGGAAGAGGUGGAAGGGAAAAAGGAAAAGGAUGCAGAUGUUGAAACUGAAAACGUAAAGGACAUCACGCUCACCCUUGAACCCCCUCCACACUGUCACCAGGAGAACUGUGAAAAUGUGGAGACAGGACCGACCCUCCAAGAGGCGGACACUCCCACCACUAGUGUUACCAUGACACCCACACACUGUGUUGCCAUUGCAGGACCAUCUGCUGAGCCAUACUCCCUCUUGCCUUACACACCCACAGACUCACCACUGCACCCCCCCAUCCAAAAAACCAAAGCUUCAAUUUCCAGCCUCACCCCUGCCCUGGCCACACCACCUUUGGACCACUGCAGCAUAGGCGACCAACCUUCAGAGCCUUCUGUGGAUCGAUUGUGUUCUCUCCUUUUUACUGAUGUCACGUCUCUUAAGAGCUUUGAUUCACUCACAGGCUGUGGUGACAUUAUUGCUGAUGCAGAUGAGGAAGGGCCAGUGGGUAAUGGGGGUAGUGGCACUAGCAGCAGCAGCAGUGGUGGUGGAGGGGGGAGCCUGGGUGCAGGCAUUGGGAGAACUGUUGGUAUCUCAAGCGUCACACCUCGUAGCUCCCCAUCAAGGCCUUCCAUACCCAUCCAGACUACUCAGCCCAUCUUCUCUGUUUCUCAAAGCUCAGCACCUGCUUCCCUUCCGACCCGAACCCGAGUUCCUCCUCCUCCUCAGCAACACCCCGCCGGCAGCGGUGUGGUGGCCUACAUGGGAGGAGGAGAAGAGAUGGCAAGCCCAGAAGGAGUGGAUGAUGCGGAUAUGCAAGGGCUCUGGCACAUGUUGCCUUCCACAGGUGACAACUCCCCUGCCUUGCCCCGACUGAACCAGCCUUCUUCGACAGCCCUCACUACGACUCAUCCUUCUCGUGCCAACCCUGCCGGGAGCCAUCUUCCCUCAGCUCCCAAGGCUGCAGAGAAGAAGGUACCCCAGGUGAAGGCACUGGGACUCAGUAAGAUACCGGUUGUUGGUGGAGCAGGAGGAAGAACAGGUAAACCUCCACUUCCUCACGCUCAUGGUCGCCACCCUACAUCGCCAAAUGAAAAAGAGCCUCUAAGUGAUGAGGGCUACUGGGACACACCCUCAGCAACACCUACAGCAACACCUGAUGAGAGCGGCUUGCAGCGUAAUCAAACGAUGGCCCUGUCCCGCGACAGUUGUUCUGGAGACCACCUGUAUGACCUCUACAAUGAUCCUGAGGAGGACGGAGAAGACCAAAGAGGAGACGAAGAUCUGAACAGUACUCCUUCUCCAUCUACUGAGUACAAAAUGAGUCCAACUUCCUUAAAAAGCCCCACGUCGUCCUCUUCUUCUUCCUCUUUCCGAUCAAUAAAAGGCAGCACCAGCCUUCCUCGAGAUUCCAAGAUCCCUGUAAGCACCAAACAAAGCUUGCCCCCCCACUCUGUGAGCCAGUCAGCCCUGUCGUCGGUUCUGGAGGUGGAAUCCUCUCCACCGAAGAGCCAGGAUGCUCAACCAGCUCGCACCAGAAUCCCUGUAUCCAAGGUACCCGUUCGGCGUUCUGGAAGCAAACCCACGAGAGGAACGGCACGCAAGAAAUAGUUUUAUCAAGAUGACCUGGACUCUAGUGUGAAUUACUAUCGUGCUGCUUCAGCAGAGCCAUAUGUUGAGCUGUAGACGUAAUAGCCUAAAAAUUCUCUCAGAUACUUAAAGUCCUCAUUCCAAAGGUUCUCUUUGGCUUAGACUGGGUUGAAUGAAUACUUUUGUUUCCUUGAGAAGUCACAAGGAGACUCUAAAUAAGCUGGGCUGAUAUUUCACCGACCUGUUUUGCACUUUGGGGGCGAACUAUUGACAAUCCAUUAACUCAGAAAUGACACAUUCACCACCUUGUAAGUUCCUGGAAAAGCUUCUUACCUGCUGAGUUUGACAUUUACUUUGGACGGAGAAAGCACCUUUUGUAUCUUUGCCAUCUUUUUCUAUGGAGUUCCACUCAGCAUUAGGACCUAAUCGAAUUGAGGAUAAAUGUAAUUUUUAACGUAUAUUUUUAUUUCUAAUCCUGUCUAAUCUGUAUUAAAUUACCUCCUGCAUUUGUGAUUUUAGAGCCAAAGUUUAAUAGAACAACAGUGUAGACUUUCGGCCUCCAAGAGCCUGAGACAGAUUUAAUAAUAUCCUCAAAUUCCAAGAUCCUGUUGACCUUUUUUUUUUUUUGGCUUUUGUUUAUUAUUCUAGUUAUUUUUGAAAAUGGUCUUGUUCUGUUUAACAACUGUUGUAAGUUAAAUCUGAAGCAGUUUGCAGUUUAAAAGACCACAAAUUGUCUUUAAUUAUAAAAGGACUCAGGUUGCUUUCUUUUUCUUCUUACUGCAUUGCUAGAAUUACAUUCAAACUCUGGGAUUAACAAUAAUUUAAAGGUGUGGAACACUGAAAAACCAUUUUUAAAAUCUUAUUUCUGAUUGUAAUUAGUCAUUGAGUUUUUAAUUCAGGCUGAACAUGAAAAUAGUCUCCUACACAUAUCUCUUGCGUUAGCUUCUGACAGAAAAUAAACAUUGAAACGCUACGAUUAGAAAAGCCUGACAGCGUGACAUAACACUGUCGCAUAACAUUCAUGGACUCACACAUCUUGACUCACGACGGGGAAGGCUGUUGUUGGUUUAGCGUUCAGGAAACAACACAACAUCUCGGCUAGUAGAAUCUAACUGUUAGCAUUAGCAAAUCCACCACACAGCAGAACUCUUCCAGACUUGUGUUAUUUGUGGAGAUAAAACAUCAACGUUGCAAGUCAGCGGUACAGUCGCAUUGCCGUUAUCCAAUCCAAGGCCAGCUGUCCAAAAAUCAGGAAAUUAGACUCCAAAAUCCUGCUGUCUGAAGCUCAGCUGUGAUGUGACUCGCUUCUAGUUCCUGGAAAUAGUGCAUCAGUGUUUUUUUUUCCUCCCUCGAGUAUGACUUACAAAACAUUCUUUCCUACUAGAGACCACUGCAAAUGAACUGAUUAAAUGAGUGUUCCACACCUUUAAAAUUUUAUGGAAGCCUGUUUAUCUUUUGCAACACAAAAGCUGGGCAGAUCCUUUUGCACUGAUGCAUCAUCACUCACAACACAAGUUGUGCACGUUGAAAAUCCGACACACACACACAUGCAGACACACUUUCCGUCAUUGCAUGCAGUGCCACACACUUGAGGCACAAAGUCAGGGAAAAAAGAUCCAAUGUUAACGGGUUUCCUGUAUGCAAACUGUUGAACAUUUUUCACUCUGCUUGUAGCCACACUGGAAACUUUCUUCUCUAAGGAGAUAUUAACUGUUUUUUCUAGUCUGUGCAUUGAUUUACCUGAUUUGGUGUUUUUACAAGUUCUUUGGUUUAAAAACUAAACAACACGGAUUUCAAACUGUGAUCGCACCGACUCUGUUUCCUCUCUUUUCUAAUACGUGUUUUGGUGUUCGCCGAUGAAAAUGAGGCGUUAUUUCUGCAAAAAGCCCAAAUAUGAUGCAAGGAAUCUUUAUUUUUGUUCUAGCUACCAUGCUGAAUGAGUUUAUAGACCUACACUUUUUCUCUGACUGAGUUGAUUCCAGGAUCCACCGCAGCUGUUCGUAAAUCCGAAUGUAGCUUCUUGUUGUUCGAUCCCUUCCUUUUUGUCCCGGUUUCAUGGAAGCAAAACAACAGCUGGAUUUUGCAGUUUUAUAGGCUCUUAUGCUCUGGGGGAAAAAUAAAAAGAAGACAAACAACUACUCAAUAGGUACAGCCUCAUAACGCAGACGGCACUCAUUGAGAGACCCAUCCCCUCCCUUUAGCAGUCCCAAGAGGCCUUUGUUGGAGAUUUGUUCAGACAAGUUCGAAGCAAAAUUUCUCUAAUUCACGCCACAAAGACGCCAUUGAUGCUAUUCUAGACCAUAAUAUCUGUUCAUCAUGAUUAGAAUGUAGAUUUAUCUAGUAUCAUUGCAGGUUUGGAUUCCUUUUCCUUUUGUUUGACUUAAGAUAAAAACAGUAAAACAAUCUGAUUCCAACAUUUUCUGCUCAGCAGAGGAAACCAAGUCUCAGAUGCACGCAGACCCUCACAUGAUGAAUGUAUUUUGGCAUCAGUCAGAACUAAAGUUGUGCAAAAAUGUAGAGUUAUAAACACUACAUGUUAAAAUAGGACAUCCUUGCCUUUUCUGACUUUACUUCACAUGUUGGAAUCUGUUUUUCCACUUCAUCCAAGUAUGACAUAGGACCUUCUUCCUUUGAUCAAACACGUAAGCACUCCUGAGGCCAACUUGGUGUAUUUAUUACACCCUGAAGCUUUUCUUUCUCAUUGUGAAUCUGGGCCUUCGUGCGAAUGCUGAAAGGAAAAGCACAUCAUGUUAUCCUUUUAUUUGUUGUUUUGUUGUUUGAACUUCUUCUACCUGCCGUUUUUGACUAAUUAAACCAUACUGACGCUGAAGAAUGAG